UUGAAACUUUAAUCGACUCCAGUGUUCAGCUUUCUCUCAAUCUCCAAUCUGAAACCCUAUUCAUCGGAAAUAUUAAAAUCUCAUUCUUUAUCAAGAAAAGCAAAAUGACAACUCCAGCGGGAAGUUCUACUAAGAGGUGGGUUCCUCUCGAAGCUAACCCUGAUGUCAUGAACCAGUUUCUUUGGGGUCUGGGUCUUCCGGUGGAUGAAGCAGAGUGUUGCGAUGUUUACGGCUUGGAUGAUGAAAUCUUAGCAAUGGUUCCCCAGCCUGUUCUUGCUGUUCUUUUUCUUUUCCCAAUUACUUCUCAGACUGAAGAAGAGAGAUUGCGGCAAGACAAGGAGAAAAGAGAUGCUAGCAGUAAAGUGUAUUUCAUGAAGCAAACUGUGGGAAACGCAUGUGGAACAAUUGGUCUUCUUCACGGUGUUGGAAACAUCACUUCUGAAAUCAAGCUUCAAGAGGGAUCAUAUUUAGAUAGAUUUUUUAAAUCAACUGCAAGCAUGGAUCCGUUGGAGCGUGCAACAUUUCUUGAGAAAGAAGAUGAAAUGGAAGUUGCUCAUGCUGUAGCAGCUACAGCUGGAGAAACAGAGGCAUCAGACAAUGUGAACACUCAUUUUAUCUGCUUCACAUGUGUCGACGGGGAACUUUAUGAGCUUGAUGGAAGAAAGUCGGGACCAAUUUCGCAUGGGGCUUCCUCGCCAAGUAGCUUAUUGCAGGAUGCGGCGAAAGUCGUAAAGAGCAUGAUCCAGAAAAAUCCAGAGUCACUCAACUUCAAUGUCAUUGCCCUUCAUAAGAAAGCGGGAAUGGCAAGUACAUCUUAGUUAUUGGCUAUCAAUUUCCUUCAAACAACUACAGAUUAGAAUUCAGAUGGCCAGUCACUGUAAGCAUACUCGAAGCAUAUCAUAUGAUCUUUUUCUGUGUAUGCCUUUCAUCUGUGCAUCAUUACGACUUAUAUAUACAUAGCCCAGAUUGUUAAGUAAUAAAUUAGGUGCUGCUUCUGUUUGAAUGGAAAACCAGAGUGGUUGGUUCCGACGGGUACGUAUUGUAUCGGCUUUAACCUAUACUCUUGGUUCAGGUGAUGGGUUG